UUAUGAUUUUAUUUUUUGGAGUUAUUUAUGAUUUCCUUUGUUUUUGUUAACAAACAACGACCAGCUUUUCUGAAGCUCCUCCACUGAGAUGGCUGUGCAUGCAGUCUGCCACACCCCCUCCACUUCUUUUGUUUUUAUGUCAACAACAUACCGGACCCACAUUGCACCUCAGUAGAUGCUGCACACCGCCCCUUAGUGAUAUGCGGGAGGGGCACAUGUGCACUGCACACUGUGGCUGCAUGUGAUUGACAGUCAAACUGGUUGCCAUGGUGAAGAUAAACCGCUCUCUGAAUCUCCAUCUUGCUCCUCCCUCCUUCCAUCUUGAACUGCGACCCCAUGACCUUUGUUACCUGGCGUUGACCCCCUCCCCCUCGACACCUGACCUGUGAAAACAAACACGUCCAGGCCAAAGAGGCCGCCUCACACUGAGGCACCAGAGACACAGCGUAGUGGGCGUGCUCACCAUUCAGAGAGCCCAGUCCGAUUGGCUGCCCGCCCUGCCGUCGGUCGUGUCGACCAAAGGGAGCAGAACAGACGGCAGACUCUUGACCCUCAGGAAAGCCGUGUCAGAAGAGAGGCCGCAGAGCAUCGGAGCUCGGUCGAGCUACAGAUCCGGCGACGCCCCGGUCACCGCGGCAUCAUUGGACAGCGGCCUGAGUGGCAGCGCCUACAGCCUGCUGGACGAGGAAGGAGAGAUGAACGAGGUGGACAGUGCCAUCUUCCAGGUGCCCCGAUUUGGAAAAAUCCCAAAUGGAACAGACGUGAUGAAAUCAUCAAUGGGACACGGUGACUCCGAAGGUAAGACCCAGGUAAUGGGGGAGAUCAAGAUCGCUCUGAAGAAGGAGAUGAAGACGGAGGGUGAGCACCUGGUCCUCGAGAUUCUUCAGUGUCGCAACAUCACCUACAAGUUCAAGAGUCCAGACCAUCUGCCUGAUCUUUACGUGAAGCUCUAUGUCGUGAACAUUGCCACCCAGAAGAGGAUAAUCAAGAAGAAGACCAGAGUGUGUCGUCACGACCGUGAGCCUUCCUUUAACGAAACCUUCCGCUUCUGUAUGAACCCAACCGGACACUCGCUGCAGCUGUUCCUUGUGUCCAACGGUGGCAAGUUUAUGAAGAAAACUCUAAUUGGGGAGGCCUACGUCUGGCUGGACAAAGUUGACCUACGCAAGCGAGUGGUGAGCUGGCACAAGCUGCUCGCCAGCACCGCCCAGAUCCACUCAUAGGAGGAACUAAAAUAAACCCGAGAGGCAAAGAGGCUUCUACUAUCUAGGGAAACUUUGGUCUAACAUCUGUAACACUGAUCCGCUUCUUGGGGUCGGGGAAGAGGGUGGUUUAGGGAGCGGGAGGGGUCCAAUAUCUCUUUCUUCAACCUUUGUUUCAGGGCUCGGAUAGGUGGAGUUUUUGGAAGAUGCCUUCAGUGGAGUUCUGAUGAUGACUUCUGUAGUGUUUGGAGGGAGUAGUUAUGUGUUUACAGGAAAUGAACACAUGUUUACAGGACGUACAGUGUACAGUAGUGUAGCCGGGGCUGAGGAGAACACAGGUGCUGAGUUCAGAGGUGAAGCGCGGAAUCAACCAGGUAUUACACACUUUAAACCACAAACACACACAUACACGGUUAUUUUCGACAACUUUGCACACAGUCAUUCACACAGAAGAGAAACCUUAAUAGAUACAGGGAAUGGACACACUUGUAGAUUCAAAUUUAUUUAUUUAGAUGUUUUAUCCAUGAAAGAUUCUUUAAAAAUGGGCGCUCCUCAUUGCUUUAUUAUGAACAGCAAGAUUUUAUUGAUUUACAGAGCAUUUUUGGGAAUGAAAUAUUGAAGACUCUGCUACAGAGACCUCUUAUUUAUUUUUGUAUUAUGAUAUUAGCCUAGAGUUCUAUCAUUUGUCUUCUCCUCAAUUAUUUAAGUACCUUAGAAAUCUAUCCUGGGAAGGAAGUAUAUUUUCUAACACACUGCCUAGCAUUCCAGUUCACGUGAAAAGAAAAAAAAGAUAGCAGCAAGCAUGUUUUUGAAUUUAUUAACAAAAACUACUUGUUCCCCACCCUUUCGCCUGAGUUUUAUCAAAUGAACGUUGUUGUUUGAUAAAGAAUCAAUAUUAAUAUAUAUCAAAUUGGACACUAUAUGUUGUGCGCAUGAGUCUAUCUAUUUGGUAUGCAGUGCCACAUGUUCUGCACACACAAAAAAAACACUUCUAAGGUUCACUUUGUAUAUAGUAAAGUGUCAUAGCUGGACAUUAAUUUUAACAUAUAUAAAUAGAUAUAUAUAUAAAUAUCUCUAUCACAGACAAUCGAGUCUUGAUGAUUGUGACUUAGAAAUUUUAUUUACCCAUGAUGCCCCUUAGAUCGUGAGACAUUUACCAUAUGAGAUUUAAGCAUUUCAUGUUUUUCUUUACGAGAUCCCAGCGCAGUCUUAUAAUCAGUCUGUUCAUGAGGGCAGUCAACUCAACAACGCACGCUUUUCUGGUAUUUUGCACUUUUUCUGCUUAGAAUGUAAACCUGUCAUCAUCAUCAUUAUCAUCCUGCUUAAAAGAGAGAUUUUAUUUUCAAGGUGAGGAAAGUAGAGAGGUAAAACAAAGCAGCAUCAGGAGAUGUUGUGGCGAACAAAAGACAAAUGUGCCAGAAUCUAUCCAUGAAAAAGCACUACGACCAUCCUAAGAUACGACGCCGCUAUUGCAGUAGCAUGUUGAUGUUUUGUCCAACCUUUUUAUUUGUCUUGAUAUUACCACUUAUACUUUAAUUUGUCAGUGUUGUCUUCAAAACGCUGUUAUGCUGGUGAGAACCACGUGCUUAUAUGGGGGUCAAGAAACAGUACAAAUGGUUCAUUUAACAUUUUCAGUCAAACUUAGCAGCGAAACUACACUUAAUAUCUGAGUGAUUUCUAUGCAACAUCGACUAUAUAAAAGGCAGUGACUGCAUCUUGACUUGCCCGAAAUGUGACACUUGGUGGGAGAGGAAGCAUUUAUAUUGAUUUUUAAUUUUGCACUGCUGUGUUUUCAUGCCCUCCACGAAAUGGUUACUGCUUUAAUAUUUUUUAUUUUGAUUUAAGGUGUGAUUUUGUAUUGCUCUAUGAAUCUUUAUUUAUUGCCUGUGAGACUGUUUCAUAUGUUGUUUUAUAUUUGUUUACGGUACAUAUCAGGUGUACAGCAAAAAAAAAAAAAAAAAAAGUUGAGAAAUUUUGUUUUUAUACACAAUGUAGUGCUUGUUUACAAUGUUUAGAGGGCCUGAAACUCAGAGAACCAACUUUUUUGCCCUUGUGCACGAACACACACACACGUGUCAAUUCCACGUAGCUACGAAUCAAGUUAACAGAAAAGAACAUUCCUAUUCAAACCAUCUUUUUAUGCACUUCCCCUUUGAAUAGCUUCAUUUUCCAGUACAUCUAUGAGAAAUUACCAAAAAAUGGCAACAUUGUAAUCAGUAGACAUUAUACCUGAACCGAUAGUAGAUUUGAGGUCGGCGUGCGUUUGUUUUUUGUUUUUCUUAAUUUGAUAUCCACAUGCUUCAUAUCAAGUCCAUGCAUGUCAUUGGCUCUGAUGCAUUUCUCUUCUUUUAAGUGUUGUCUGUCUAAAAAUAUCAAGUCUAACAACUCUCGUUAAACACAGUGACUUACACACACUCACACAUACACACAGAUGCCAUCUCUCUAUUUCCAACCUUGUAAAUACAUAGUUUUUUUAUGCGGGGGAUUGGGGAGCAAUAGGUCUUUUAGCAGACAAAAAAAAAGGUGUGUGAUCAUAGAAGUAACAGGAAGUUGUUUUUCUUUUGAUCACUGUACAGUGGAUAGACUGAGAAAGGAGCUUCUGUCUGUCUAUAGGGACCCAGAUUUACCCGACCCUUUACACCAAACAAUAAAAGUUUACCAGAGUCUAACACGAGAAGUCUAUCUUAACAACUCAAGUAGUUGCAGGAGAAUUUAAAUGUGCUCACACUGGAUGUUGCAUGUUUCGUUGGUGGUUCAUACUAUUUUUGUGUCCAGAUAUUAUUAAAGAAAAAACAAGAAUGAGGUAGAGGAAGAUAUAGAACAAAAAUGUUAUAGAGGAGGAAAUUAUGGAGAAUAAAUAUUGAUGAUGUAUGCUGACUGUACAAAGAUUAUGCUUGUAAAACCUGUCUGGUUUUUCACUUGUAAGUAAACAGAAAAAAAAAAUCUACUGUCAUGGUUUUGUGAUUGUAUACAGGAGGUAUUGAUAAAUUAUGCAAAAUGUGCUGUAAAAAUGGCUGUUGCCCCAUGUCUAAAUAUUAAAUAUCAGUACAAAUGAA